GUUGUUUCCCCGCGUGUUCCCAGCCUCUGUCCCCGAGGGAAGGCUGAGGGAGGGAGGAAGGGAGGGGCUGCUCCGUGGCCCGCUCCCCUCCCCCUCCCCCUCCUCUUCUUCGCUGGAGUGGUAUCCGGCGGCGUUGCGGCCGGGCUAAGAUGGCAUUUCCCGCCUGGAGCCGGUUGGGGAGGAGUGGCUGGGGCCAUGCUCCCUCCUCCUCCUCCUGCUGGGGGCCUGAGGGGGUCUUCUUGAGGGGCCCAUGGCCUCCUCUGGAGGGGAAGCAGGGGAAGGGGCCCGGCAGGGGGAGCAGCGGGGGCACUCCCUGGAAAGCAUGAGGAAGGUCUUCCUGAGGCGCCCCGCCAAGGCAGGGGAAGGGGGAGAGGAAGAGGAGGAAGAGCAGCCCCCAAAUAAGCCCCUGGGCCCCUCCGAGGCCGAGGUGGGCCCUUCUCCUCCUCCUCCCUCUCUCCCUUCUCCUUCCAGCCCCAAGCGGGAGCCCCGCCGGGAUGCUCAGCGCCUGGUCCUCCACUACUUGGUGCCUUGCAUGAAGGCCUACGGCUUGUGCAUCGUGGACCGCUUCCUGGGCUCCCGCCUGGCCGAGAGGGUCUUCCAAGAAGUCCUGGCUUUGCACCGGAGCCACCAGUUCCAGGACGGAGCCUUGGCCGGACACCGACAGAGCAGCAGCAGCAAAGCCAUCCGCGGGGACCAGAUCGCCUGGGUGGAAGGGAGCGAGCCCGGCUGCCAGCACAUCGGCCACCUGCUCAAGAGGAUGGACAGGCUGGUGCUCUACGCCGAGGGCAAGCUGGGGCCCUACACCAUCCGAGGCAGGCACAAGGCAAUGGUGGCCUGCUACCCUGGGAAUGGAACUGGUUAUGUGCGUCAUGUAGAUAAUCCCAAUGGCGAUGGCCGCUGUAUCACUUGCAUUUACUACCUAAACAAGAAUUGGGACUCAAAGCUGCAUGGAGGAAUUCUCCGAAUAUUCCCAGAGGGCAAGUCUUAUGUAGCGGAUGUCGAACCCAUAUUUGACAGAUUACUUUUUUUCUGGUCAGAUCGAAGAAACCCACAUGAAGUGCAACCUUCCUAUGCAACAAGAUAUGCAAUGACUGUGUGGUAUUUUGAUGCUGAAGAAAGAGCAGAAGCCAAAAAGAAAUUCAGGAAUUUAGUUGAUGCAGGGAAGACAGAUGCAGUUCUCAAUGAAGACUAAGUUUACUCAAUGCAUUUUAUUCAAGGAUGAAUUGGAGACUGUUUGCAAGCAAUAAGAUCCAAAGGCAACAUGGUCUUUUUCCUAUGAUUAUUGGACACUCUUUUUACUUGCAGAAAUGCACUAUUUUUGACACUGUCUUGUAUUUGCAUAUUACAGCAAUGGUACUCAUGGCAGCUUCGUAUCACACACCUCUUUGGCAUAAAGCACCCCUAUUUUCUACUUGCCUUUAACUGAAGAAAUACCACCCAGGGUUUUAAAAAAUGAAGAAUAUCACCAACCUUCCCACUAAUGUCAAGAUCAAGUUGCCAAUACUGGUAAUAAAGAUACUAAACAUUCAAAACAGAUGGGGGAAACUUGAGUCUUAUUUGCACUUUAUUUAUCUUGUAUUUUUCAAUGGGAUGGAGCGUUUACAGAGGAUCCUCUGUGGCAGACUACAGAUGGGCAACUCAAACAAUCAAAGAUACAAAACAGAGCAAGACAUUUGUCAAGAGCCAAGGUCGUUAUGCUCAACUUGGGGCCUUUUAUGGACUGCCUUGUCAUUUUCCUGCAUAGACUGUUGGUUGUGCUGGCUUAUAUCAUUAAUUGAGAGAGAGAGCGAGAGAGAAGGAUAAGCUUCCAAUUUGCCAUACAAUUGCCUGGAUUUUAUCCAUGUUGCUAAAAGUAAGCAGCAGUGGCGGUUCCAUAACUUUGCCUUUUAGAGCCCCAGAACAGAGGUAAAGGCAGUUGUGCAGCUGUCUACUGUUUUGUGAAAAAGCAUUUUCUUUUCUGAAUUGUGAUGGAUAUUUGUAUGACUUUCCAAUCUUUUUUUUAAAGGGCCUUCAUUUUAUAACCCCCCCAACUCCUAUCCAAAUUUGUAAACCUUUUUAAAAAGUCGAAGACAAGCUAAAUGCAUAUAUGCCAAGAACUCAUUUUGCCAAGUAUAUUUUUCCUUUUUAUUUCUAAAAUUGAUCUUCCACCUGCCGCAAUUUGUCUGAGAGUAAUAGAACUCUGGUAGUCUGGUGCAUGUUUUUUUAGACUUGGCAAAUACAUAUUUGUAAUGGUGGACAGUUUGAUAAUGCAAAGCUAUUAGGUUUAGUUCAGACCUGUGAUUAACAUGGCAGCAAGCCCCAUUGACACAAUCGCAAGCCCCAUUGACACAAUCACAUUUCAAAGGAGAUACAGAUAGGGUGGCACUUUUAUAUUUCUGAUCUGAUGUCAGUCGGGCUUGGACUGUACAGCAGUUGCAAAUUUAAUCACUCUUUGUGAAUCUAUGAGAAAGUGUGUUGAGUACUGCAGCCUUAUAGUUCAGUCAUAAGAAUAGUUGUGCCAGCAUACAUGUGUGUGUUGGAUGGAUUUAUCUAUGCAAUAUCAUAAAGCAUCACCUUGCAGGAAGACACACUAUGAAAUGGUUUUGGAAUGUGGUUCAUAGUCUCUGUACUGCCACAUCAGAGCCCCACUGCAGGUUGGGUGACUGUGUAGAUUAAUUUUGAUAUAUAUUUAAACUGAGUAGGGGGAAAUUGCUCAGUCCCACAUGUUACAUUACUACAGGUAAAUAUUUCCUUCCUUAAUUUGAGCCCUGAGUUGCACAGAUACAGGGUUAAUAAAGAUCAAGCAGAUAUUUUCUCACCCUAAUUUUACUUUUUAAAAGACAAAAGAUCUUCAGUGAGUAAAUUUUCUCUGCUGCUUUACUCAAUAAACAGCAGAACAUUGGAUGUUCAGCAUUUAGCAUGGAUCAUGCUUAGAAUGGAAGAUCCAACAGUCGUUCUACAAAAAUAUUCUUGAUUUCAGGAAGGAAAACUAAUGUAAACAUACUGUCAGGGUAAAUUCUCUGUCUUAACUGAUAUCUCUAGUGAUGUUGUGAACACUGUAUCAGAGAUUCUGUUUGUUCUUCCAUGUGUGUAUUUAUAUAUAUUCUCUUCCAUGUUCCAUAUCCUCUCAGUAACAUAAUUGACUCCGGCAACUCUCAUUUUCCUUUUUCAUAUUAACCAACCUCUUCUUCAGCCAAUUCAUUUCCUGCUGUUCUCCUUUAUGAUGGAAUGGAAGUUAUUAUAUCACCUUAUUUCUAGACAAGCCAGUUGCUUGUCCCAGAACAGAAACCAGUAAACGAGACAAAUACUGAGGCAUUGUCCAGCCUAACCUGUUUCUGCUGGGUAAUAUUUCAGACACUUAGCAAUGCAGCAUGUAAAAGCAACACAUUUUAUAACAGAAUAGCAAUUGUUUGUACUGGAAAAGAAGCUACUCCUACUGGCCAAUUUGAUGUCUGAUUUAUAAGAUACUUCUGAAUUAUUCAAUUUCUUCUCAAAUUUCCCCUUGAAGGCUCCUAUUUGAUCACAUGGCUUUACACAUUUGGGUGAGAUUGCUGUGUGACCUCUGUAUAUAGCUCCUGUUUCAUUUCAAGAAGAAGUGAUCAGCUCAGGCUAGACGCUGUGGAUAUAGCAUAUACACCAAUGCAUUCCAUUUGUUUUAGUGAGUGAUCAGACUCCCCACCCUACCCAUUCUGUGGGCAACACAGCUUACUGUUAGUGAAGGGGGUGGGGUGGGCAUGGAAAGUUGAAAAGGUCCUCUUUUGCUUCCCAUCAGAACAGUAUUAGCUCCACCAAACAGCUUUCUGGAAAUGGAAGAAAGGCAGGGUUAGUAAUAGCUUGACAUGUGCCAUCACUUAUACCUGUGGCAAAAUAAGUGUUACUUUUUGGACUAUACAUUCCAGAAUCCACCAGCUAGCCUGUCAACUUGCAGGAAAAAUUAACUUUGCAAAGCUAUGGGAGAUGCACUUCUCCCACAUUUUCCUGCAAUCAGACAGAAUUAAAUGUAACCCUCCUCUUUUUCUUUCUUUCCUUUUUUUAAAAGACAAAAUAGUGGAAACUGGUAGAGGAAGAUUUCAUCUCAGUAACUGCAUGUCUUGUCAGGGAGGUUACUACACAUUUUCAGUGAUUGGCUGACAUAUUUCAUGUAAUAUAUGUUGCUUCCUUUUCAUUUUUCUGCAACAGCUGGCCUUACCAGUCUUACUAGAUAUGAAAAGCUGGUCCAUCUGGAGCAUCUGUGAACAUGAAAAAUCUGUGCGCUCACUAGGAGGAUGUAGCUCUAAAGGGGGCGAAAUAUCUGAAUAUUUUAUUGAAGCAUCUUUUUCCAAAAUUUGUGAUGCUUCCAAGACUGAGUAAAGAACAGGUUAAGCAUCUGAAAUGGUUCGAAGUCCAGUUUCAAUUAGUUUCAGAACUGAGAACAGUGGUAAUAGAGCUCCAAAGAAAUGAUGACAAGAAGAACAGGAGAUUACCCCAUUUGGGCUCUUAUUUUCUGGCAUUGUUCUUGUUACCAACAGAGGAUGCCUGCAGGAGAUUGAAACUGAGCAGAGGGUUGGAAGCAAAAGCAUAAAAUAGUUUCUGUGCAUGUAGUGUUAACAAAAUAGGCUUACCAUAUUAUGCAAAGCAAAAUAGGACAUGUUUAUUCAUCGACUAUUUCAAGUCACUGAUCACUGAUGAUUCUUACUUUAAAUACCCCUCCUAUAUAAACUGGGAUAAUAGCUUUUAGAAAUAUUCCUAAUCUUCAUUGUAUUUAAGUAACACAUUUUGCUUUCUCUUUUAUAUCUUCCUGAACAGAAACUUUAGCUCUGAAAAACAGGACAGCUCUGGGAAAAGAUGACAUAACCCUAAAUAAAAUAUGAUUUCUAGACACUUGAAUUUUUACCUCAGAUCUCCCUCACCACAUUCUCAAAUUGUCCAAAUAUGGGCCUGAAUUCUAUUAGUAAAUCCUAUAUAGAAUAAACUCAUUCAAUCAAUUGUUGAUUGAUGAAUAAGUAGAUAGACAGAUACUCUAGUUGGAAUUAGCGAUAGGAUUCAGGCCAUGUUAAUCUAGAGUUAUCUGGAGUAGCAAUAUAAUACUUUCUGUCCAAAAAAGAAACAUCAUUGCAUGUAAGCUAUGGUAUUAAGUCCAUAGUCUUGCAAUGUUCAUUGGUUGCUCAAAUAGUAAACUCAAAAGAAUAUAGUCCAAUUAUUAUCUAUCUAAACGAGAUUUCUUUACACAUGAAACACAUAUUACACCUUUAUCAAAACAAAUUAUGUUAAAAGUGGCAUAAUUGUUGGACAAAAGGGCACUAUUCUUUGUGUUAACCUAUUUGUAUAAAAAGUCUUUUUUAUUUUAAAAUGUGAGUGCAAUCUUAGAGGUUUGAUGGACUGAAGAAUCUCAAAUGCCCUUCAUUGUUUCCUUUCUUCCUGUGAACAGCAACUUCAGAAAUUCUACCUUCCUUUUUUAAUCCCAUAACAAUAUCCCAUUCAUACCCAUUGAUGAGAUAGUAUGGUGUAACUUUUCAGAGUAAUUCAUUCUAGUUCAGCUUGCAUAUGAAGUGCAUCUAUUUGCUGGCGAAUCUCUCUUUGGAUUUCUUCUAUGAUUUACUCCCCAAAGAAGCUUUCUGGGAGUACGUUUUGGACAUACCUUUUGCCAGGUUGAAUGCUGGUCAUUGUUGCUGGCAGAUGGGCUGGAUACUGAUCCACACUGUGGUAUUUUGCCCUCCAAACCACACCUUGUGUUUUAUUUUAAUGUUUUUUUUAAAAAAUGUGGCAUGAAAUAAAAAUGUUGCAGCAGUCAAUAAAACACUGGGUUACAUCAUA